AUGGCCACUGACAGUCCAUUCAUCAGGAACCUCGCAUCAAGCGACAAGGAGAUUCGCGACAAUGCGCUCGACUCUCUGCGAACGUAUCUCGGAGGGCGCUCAGAGAUCUCAGAACUCGACUUGCUAAAGCUCUGGAAGGGGUUGUUCUACUGCCUGUGGAUGCAGGACAAGCCUGCCUUGCAACAGCGACUUUCGCGCGACCUCGCCUCUUUAGUCUCGACUCUCCGUUCCGGCGUCGCACUCCCCUUCAUCCGCGCAUUCUUUCUCACAAUGGCCCGCGAGUGGACCAACAUUGAAGCGCUACGCCUCGACAAGUACCUUUACCUUAUUCGUCAAUACAUGCACGCAUCAUUCCAGUACCUUGCGACGAAGAAGUGGAAGAAGGCAGUUCUAGAGGAGUGGAACACAAUUGUGGAGGAGACACCACUAAACCCCACCAAUAUGAAGAUUCCUAACGGACUGCGAUACCAUGUGCUGGAUGUCUGGGUUGACGAACUCGAGAAGGUCGAGUCCGAUUGGGAGAAUGAGAAGAAGCAGGAGGUCUUGGAGACAUUAGUACAGCCGAUUGAAAAGCUGGCGAAGAACACCGGUCUCAAGGUCGUCAGAGAAGCUGCAAAGGAGACGUUAGCAGAGGACACGUUGCGUACGUGGAGAGGACAGAAAGAUGAAACUAUGGCGGAGCCAGAGUCAGAAGAGGAUGAUGAGUGGGGUGGCUUUGAGGACUAG